UUCGGGGCCCUCUUUAAAAUUGCCCAGGGGACCGACCGGCCGGUGUGCACGCCUAUACAAUUAAAGAAUCCAAAACGAAAGGGGAGAGCUGCACGUGACGGCUGUCAAUCGCGGCAGCCGCGCCUUCCUGCGGCGAGCGCAGUCCCACGUGCGCCUCGGGCGGCGGCGGCGGCGGCGGCGGCGGCGGCGGGGCAAAGGUGGGCGGUCGGUGGCGGCGGCGGCGGCGGCGGCGGAGGCGCAUCUCUCCCGUCGUACGUGACGUCAUCUGCCGGGAGCGGAGUUGGCGGUGGCGGCGGCGCGGCGGGCGGCGAGCGGCAGUGCUUCGCGAGCGUUCGUCAGGUGCGGAGCGGAGCGGGCACGAGCGAAAGCGGAGGCGGAGAGGAACGAGAAGGCGAGGAGGUCGGACGGCUUCGCAGGACCAAUCGUUGGCGGCGACGGGACUCAUCCGAAACACGACCGAGCUCUCAACCGCUGGACUACAUUGCUGGGGAAGACAGUGUCAGAGCUUCCGGCGAUGACAGGAGAAGCGCCUAAAGCGUGACGUUACUCGGUCAAGGU